AAAGGAGCAUUUUGGUUUCCUCUCUCUUAAGCCUACUAAUCCUGCUGCAUUGUUUGUGUUCAUUAGAGGGCUGGUCUGUGUUGUGGUUGUCAAGCCGGUUUCUUACUCCUCCGUGUGUCUCUCUCUGGCUGCCACUCGAGAACCAGGAAGUAAAGAGAAAAUGUGAGAAAAAAAAUCAGCAAAAGAAAACAAGGAAGUGAAUUCAGUGGAGCCUGCGCUAAAGCUGUGAAGAGAAAGAUCACAACAGAGCAGGGCAGCUCUGCUAAGGAAGUGUUAGCUAGCAACUAGCUAGCUUCAAAACUGACAGUUCACCCGAGGAGAGAAACAGAGACCGACAGAAAGAGACUGAGAUUACACUUCCUGCCCAACAGAAAUACCAGUUCUUCUUCUCUUAACCCCCUAGUCACACUCAGGAAGGACAAUGACAGACCAAAAUCAAUUCGGGAGUCGAAGUACCGAACUUGAGGAGGAGGAGCUCCCACAGAUGGACGGAUCAUGCGACGCAUGCGAGCCUGAUGAGGCCCAGCCAGCGACCCAGGUGUGUCACAGCUGCAGCUUUGCUUUUUGUACUGCCCAUGCUGAGAAACACACCCGUAGCACAAGACAUCCGGUGGUGUCCUACAGCCAGGAAGGAGUACAACACCCCACCAAGUCCCAAAGGCCACUCAGGGACGGAUACACAGGGGAGGAAAGAGCACAGGGAGUGGGGCCCGGGGGAGGAGCAGGGGACCGUGGGCCAAGCAAUGGAGGUGUUGGAGAAGACAGUGGGGCAUGUGGAGGGAAGUAUGACCAAGUGGAUGGGAAGGUUGAUGAUAUUCAUGAAAAGGAGUUGGCGGCACCAGUGACAGUAGAGAGGUUGCGCUGUAAGGAGCAUGGCCAGGAGGGCACUCUCUACUGCAAGGCAGAUGAGAAGGUCAUAUGUGUGGUGUGUGCUGUCCAGGGGGAGCACCGUCAGCAUGAGAUCCUUACCCUACAUGAAGCCUACGUCUGGCAAAAGAGCAGAGAGGGUUACGACCUGCUUGGCUGCACACAGGAUAUGGCUGACCACAUCAAGACAAAGUGGACCAACCCUGAGAUGUCAACAGAGCAGUUGGAGGCGUAUGUAAACAGUCAGUUUGAUGAACUUCACCGACUGGUUCGUCUGGAAGAGAAAAGGACCCUCCAUCUGGUGGACCUGAAGGAAGCCUUCCUUACUGCUGCCGCUGCAGAGAAGAUUGCGGAGAUCACUGUCCACACCGAGAGGCUCCAAGAGGAGAUGGCCUGCAUUACACAACAACUGGGCCAACUAGACCAGGUCGAGGAGCAGCCUGGGGCAGGACUGGCAGCUGUAGCCCAGGGAGGAGCACCAGGCCAAGCGAAACGUGACAUGGAGGACAGGCCAAGACUCCCAGAGCCGAGACGAGACCCUCGGGACCCCAGGGACCAUGGAGAAAGCAGAUCCUCAAUGGGGCACGCCCCCUGACAUCAGUUGCCUAGUCACCUACCACUCAUCUCAACAACACCAGAGAGAGUCUUAUUAUUCUCUGCACUGCACAGAACAUUGCAGUGACCUUGAAUGAGGCUGAUGGUGAUGGAACAAAGGGGAUGGCUCCUUUCUACUUUCAGAACUUCUAAAACUCUUUUAACUAUUUUUUAAUUGAGGCGCAAUUAUUUAGUUUGGUUCAAUUUUCACACCCAAUCAGAUCCGAUGCUUGGGGGCUCUGCUCAGAGAAGACUGCGAGUCGGAGCGGCUGAGUGUCUGCCUAAACUCAACAGAUGUCAGAUAUGGAUCCUGAAUGUGACACUCUGUGCUAAACGUAUCUUUCUCCUACAGUACAUGAAUUAUUUUCUUUAGGGAAGCAGCCUUGACCAAAGAGUGGGUGGAGACGUAUUCUGGUGACAUUGUCUGAGAUCAGAGAAGGAAUGCAGAGGGUGCACAGGUCAAGGUGGCUGUUCUUGUUAAAAGGAAAAUGUUUCACAAGUGUCUUGAAAAUAUGCCUUGACAUGUAAGAAUACCCUACUGUAGCUAUCAUCUCUUCUUUUUCCUCACCACCAAAUUCUCCCCUCCCUAUUUGUGUGUUUAGUGUGUGUUCACGUGUGUGUGUGUGUGUGUGUAUUUCUGUGCGUGACAGAUGUAUCAUUAGUUGAUGUGUUGACGCCUUAUUGAUUUAGAACUGUAGCGCACAUGUUAGCUGGAAAUAUAAGUGUAUAAUGUCUAUGUACUAGCUCUCAGUGCAGUGUCAGCAUUCACUGAAAUAUCAUGCCUCAUUAUUCUGAGACGCGCUGCAGUGUACCACAGACAGCACAGUCCGGUUGACCAACUGCAAUACCAUGUUUUAUUCCAUGAUGUCCUUCAAUGAUCACAUACCGAACGCAUGUGAAUGAGUGAAACUAAUUCAUACAUUAAAUCAAACUGGUUUGGUAAGAAUUGUGUCUUGAAUCGUAAAGCAAAAAACAAGCUUAUAAAUGAAUGUUAGAUACGUAGCAAGAUAGUUCCAGUAAGAUGUUACGAUGAGGGACAAUGUUGGCGUUGCAAAAUAUAAAUGUUUUGCAAUGUCAUCAUUUAUUGAUAUGCUGAGCACACCACUUGUAUGCAUCUCUGAUGAUCGUCAGAAUGUAUUCACUUUGCUUUUUAAUAAUGUCACCAGUAGUGUCUACUAAAGGUAAUUGCUACUAAAAUU